AUUCCAUGCCAAGCAAGCAAUUUAUCCUUGACACGAAAAUUGAAAUGGCGCUGAGGCUGACUACUGUUGUUUCAAGUGUUGGUCAUUCGGGGAAACCCAGGUUUAGGUUCAGAAUCAGAAGUGUUGCUGCCACAGUUAGAAACAUGGCCUUCAGUGCAACCUCCAAGGUAAUUGAUUCCCAUCUCCACGUGUGGGCUUCACCUCAAGAGGCUGGCAGAUUCCCUUAUUCUCUUGGACAAGAACCUACUUUACCAGGAAAUGCCGAGUUUUUGCUCCAGUGUAUGGAGGAGGCAGGAGUAGAUGGUGCACUCAUUGUGCAGCCAAUUAAUCAUAAAUUUGAUCAUAGUUAUGUCACAAGCGUUUUGAAUAAAUACCCAACGAAAUUUGUUGGUUGUUGCCUUGCUAAUCCAGCAGAUGAUGGAAGUGGGCUUAGGCAGUUUGAAGAUCUUGUUUUGAAGGACGGUUAUCGUGCUGUUCGAUUCAACCCAUAUUUGUGGCCACCUGGAGAAAAGAUGACAAAUAAAGUUGGGAAGGAAAUUUUCCAAAGGGCUGGAGAACUCAAUGUGCCAGUGGGCUUCAUGUGUAUGAAGGGGCUUGAUCUGCAUAUUUCUGAAAUUGAGCAAUUGUGCACAGAAUUCCCAUCAACAGUUGUAUUGCUUGAUCACUUGGGCUUUUGCAAACCACCAAUAAAUGAUGAGGAAGGUCUUGUCUUUUCUCAACUUUUAAAUCUGUCUAGAUUCCCACAAGUACAUGUGAAAUUUAGUGCCCUUUUCAGAGUGUCAAGAGCACAGUUUCCUUAUCUAGAUUUGUCUCCUCUCUUUUCCCAAGUUGUCUCUCACUUUGGUGCUAACCGUGUAAUGUGGGGCAGCGAUUUUCCAUUUGUUGUUGCUGAAUGUGGUUACAAAGGAGCCAAAGAAGCAGUGCAUCUUAUUGCCAGUGAGAUCUCUUUGCCUUUAUCAGAUUUAGAGUGGAUCAUGGGGAGGACAGCUACACAACUCUUCCAAAACCAAUUGACUCCAGUCAAUAGUUGAGAGUGGGGAUGCUGUUUGAGUUGUAUAAAAAGUUUUUAGCUGUUAUAGUGGAAAUUAGAUGUUGAAUACUUGAAUAUAAAUUUACAAUUCUGACAGCAUUGAAGACGUAUUUUAGUUGUCUGACUGAGCUCUUCUUGUUUUUGGUAACGCUGUGACAUAAAAGAACAUCUUUACAACUUUUUUCUUUUUAAAAAA